AUAGAUUCUCUUUUGAAGGAAGACAUAAAUUGGGAAUCUCAUUUUUGUUGGGGAUCGAUUGCCUCCAUCACUCCAUCAGAACAAGUGUGAUUGUACUAGCAAAUUUUGAAGCAGUUUCAGUCAAGUGUGAAGAGCAACGGAGAAUUUGAGUGGGUUUUGAUCAUUUUAAUUUGGUUUCUGUUUGAUCUGAGAACAUUGCUGCUUUGCCUAAGAAUUUCCUUUUGGGUGGAUGUAAAAAAAAAAAAAACGGUAGGACUUGCCAUGAUUAAUGCACACACAAGGAGUAUACUUUGUAACAGUCUAGGUGAGGCCAACAUAAGUUUUAUGAUUAGCUCAAUCUGUCAAAACAGCUUCUGGACUCUUUCCUUUUGUUGUGACAAUAAAACAUUUCCUGAUAAAUAGUUUUAUAGUCAUAAUUGUAAUUUACUUGAUCACCAAUUAAUUUAGAAUAAUCCCAACUUUAGAUUAAUUUAGAAUAAUCCAAACUUUUGGGGUUAUCUUUUUAAAAUAAUCUGAAGUCUUAUUUUCUUAUCUAUUAUUUCCAUAAUCUUUAAACAAAUGUUUUCUUUUACAUGCAUAAAAAGUUUAUAUAAAAGAAUGGAAAAUAAAAUAAGUAGAGAUUACUUUAAGGUAAAAUAUUUUUGACGGGAAAUUUUUUGCACUAGGAAGUGAUAUUUGUCGGUCCUAAUAUCAGUUUUAGUAUAAAGUCAUAGAUAAAUCAUUCGUUUCAAAAUGUUGGCAACACUUACGUUAGAGCGUUUGGGAAUGUUUGUGGGUAGUAAUGAAUACAGAGUAUGUUGUAAGUUGAAUUAAUUAUUUGUGUGAGAAAAAAUAAUAAGGAAUUAAUGCAAGUGGGCCAAGUAGUGGAGAAAAAGUAAGAAACAAUAAAGAAAUAGUGGUUUCGUAUCCAAAGAACAAGUAUUGCAACUUACAAGUAUUAAAAAAUGGAUGGAGUACGUAUACACUAUAUAGAGUAUGUAACAGAAAACAUAGACAUGUUAAAUCUUACUCGUAUUAAUUUAUAGUGUCAAAAUAUCAAAUUUUAAUACUCGGUAAUUUUUACUAAAAUACUUUAUCGUUAAAGAUAGUAAUGUUCAAAAUUUUACAAUGUCAAACGUAAAAUAUAAUUAAUACACUUAAAAAGACCGAGGUAGUAUAAUUUUCUUCUACAACCGUCCAUCUGUUACAUGCCCAGCAGUGAUUGGGCAAGAGUACACCUGGAAACAUAGAGAGAUUAGCCACUCCUGCUUUCAUAGCUUGUGUAGUAGUACAAUUUAAGUCUUUCCAAUUUUUCAACUCUGUUCUGAACUCUCCUUGUGCAACUUUGACAAAUUUCUCCAUUUCCAUAUUCAAGAAUUAUACAGUACCAAAAAGAAAAAUGUUGAAAGGAGGAAAAGAGUUAAUUAUAGAGAAAAAUGGUAGUAACAAUAACAAUAAUAAUCCUAGCAAAUCUUUGGCAGAAAUAGGUGCAAAAGAACAUAUUGAAGAAAUUAGAAGUAAAAAAUUCUCAAUUGGUGGUAAAACCCCGAAUCCUCUCACCUUUGAUCUUCAUCGUGCUGUUACUAGGCUUUCUGCUGAGCUUUAUACUAAAGAUGUCCACUUUCUUAUGGAGCUCAUUCAGAAUGCGGAGGACAAUGAGUAUGGGAAAGAGGUAGAGCCAACCUUAGAGUUGGUACUAACAAAAAGAGAUAUUACCGGAUCCGGAGCUCCGGCUACACUUGUAGUCUUCAACAAUGAAGUUGGCUUUUCGUCGCAGAACAUGCUCUCCCUUUGUAGUGUGGGUCGCUCUACCAAGAGGGGCAAACGAGAUCAAGGCUUUAUUGGUGAAAAAGGAAUCGGAUUCAAGAGUGUGUUUCUUGUAAGCAAGGAACCACAUAUUGUUAGCAAUGGAUAUAAGGUGAAAUUCACUGAAGAAGCAGAUAGGAGUUGCGGCAUUGGUUAUAUUGUUCCUGAAUGGGUUGGAGACAAAUCCUUGAUUUCUGAUAUACAAACAGUGUAUGGAUCCAACAGAAGCAUUCCUACAACUACAAUUGUUCUUCCCUUGAAAGCUGAGAAGGUUGAGUCUGUGAAAGAGCAGCUCUUGCAGCUGCAUCCAGAGCUUCUUCUCUUUUUAUGUAAAAUAAAGAGGUUGUAUGUUCGCAGUAGCAACAGCUACUAUAAAGAUGCCACUGAUAUGUGUGCUAUUUCAAUAUUUCAUGAAACUCAACAUGUGGUUGUUCGGUCGAAAAAAGCAGAUUCACGUGUAGUUCAUCUAGCUGUUGGUGGUUCACAAGGUUCAAAUGAAGAGACAUGUCAGUAUUAUAUUUGGAGGCAAUCAUUUCCAGUGAAGACUGAAAACAAGGUUCAUGGCAGAGAGGAUGUUAAAGAGUGGACCAUCUCAUUGGCGUUCCCUGUUGGGGAUAGGCUAACAAGGGGAACAUCAGCUUCUGUUGGCAUCUUUGCGUUCCUCCCAACAAUGAUGGUUACAGACUUUCCUUUUAUAAUACAAGCAGAUUUCUUGCUUGCUUCUUCGCGGGAAAGCAUACUUUUAGACAACAAAUGGAAUAUAGGCAUACUUAAAUGUAUUCCUUGUGCUUUUCUGAAUGCUUUUACUUCUUUCGUGAAGGACGGAUAUACACUUUUUACUCCUGCUAAGGCUUUCAAGUUUUUGCCUGUGGAAGAAUCCUCAAUUACUGAGCUUGAUGAAGUGAAAGAAAAUAUCAGGCUGAUGUUGUGCGAUGCAAAAAUCAUGCCAUGUGAAACUUUUGAUGACGGCUUAAAGUUAUGCAAGCCACUCUCGUCUCUGAGAAUUCUGUCUGACUUUAGACAUUUGUUGAUGCACAUGAAAGAAAAUGGUAUUUCACUUGAUGGGUUAUCUUCGUUGAAAAAGCAUCCAGUAGAUGCUUCCCUUGACGUGGAGGAAUUUGAUAAGGUUCUUGACUUUCUCUGUGUUUUGUCUACUUCAGAGAGCUAUGAUUGGUAUGAGAAGUGUAUUGGUGCUUGCAAACUGCUCUGCCAAGCAUCUGAGGCUGAUUACAUCGAGAUGUUAAGGAUUUUCGCUCACAAUGAGGAAGUAUUUUCAAAGCAUUUCUUCAUAAGAACUCCUGUUUUUAGGUAUACAGAUAAAACUGGAUAUGUUAACCUACAUAAUGCUUGUAAUACCAAGAAAGAUGGUCACAGGAUUUUGUUUGCAAUGGAGCCUACGCUUCAUGCCUGGCUUAGUACUUGCAACAUGGAAUUCGCUUGCUCAGGUGAUGUAUUUCUCCUGCCAAACUCGACUCAGACUGCUCUUGUUGCUCAUAAACAAAGUCCUGUUCUAAUUGGUUGGUUGUCUUCUUAUGCAAAAAUUGAGUGUUGUUCUGCCUAUAGUUUUUCUAUGUCACUUAUUGAUUAUAUCUUGAACAACAUGGAGAAAAGUCUUCUGCUAAAACUGUGUCAUUUUCUUUACCAUUCUCACCGAAAAGGAUUCCUAUCUGACACUGAUUUGUCAUAUCUGAUUCUUCGUAUACCAAUAAUAGAUGGGUCCAACACUAUUCAGAGGGGGAAGUUUACUUAUCUUGUAAGCAUGGAGGGAAGCAAAUGGGCAAUGUUAUUUGGAACGCAAAAUCUGUUUUCUGAACACAGAUAUUAUGAUUUGGGGGAUGUUUACUCUGCCAGUGGGAACUUUGCUGGAGAAGUUACUCCGGAGAAAUCACUUGUCAGUUUUAUGGAAAAGCACACUGGAGCCAAAGAUUUACCCGAGCUGCUUCCACCAAAUAUUGCAUUGUCUGUUGCAUCUUCUAAAUUGACAAGUGAACAAGCACUUUUGCUGCUUGAUUGGAUCAAGUUUUUCCGAACACAGAAUUCUCCUCUUCCUGCAAAAUUCAUUACCAGUGUUCGGAAUGGGAAAUGGAUGAAAACUACAUCUGGAUUUAACUCUCCAUCAAAGUGUGUUCUUCCUAAUGAAAUAGGGAAGAGAAUAUUUGAAAUGACAUCUUGUGUUCUCAGCGAUCUUUCUAUCUUGGAUGAGGCAUUUUAUGGGAAUCGUAUUCACCUUUAUUUAGAUGAGUUACACUAUCUAGGAGUUACGUUGGGAAUGGAUGAUGUGCAAAAGGUAGCUAUGAGCCAUUUUAAAGCAGUUGCUUCUUCUGAGAUGAGCAAAACUUGUGUUAUUUCUCUGUUGACAUUUAUCGGUCUCCUUCAGGAAAGGGAUAUGCUAGACAGUGGAUGGUUGGUGAUAAUGAAGAAGGGCAAGUGGCUCAGGACUUCCCAGGGGUGCUGUGCACCGAGUAAAUCAGUCUUUCUUCACUCUGAAUCGGAAUCAGAAGCUGUUUGUCGUAUUACUAGCCUACCUCUUAUUGAUAGAUUAUUCUAUGGGAGCAAACUCGAUUCCUUCUCAACUGAGCUGGCAUUACUUGGUGUGAAAUCUGAUCAACAAGUGUAUGAAUUAGUCACUGAAAAUGUCAUAUUUCCUGAGAAUCCUGCUUCCAUGACAAGUAAUUGUGCCUUGUUCCUACUUGAGUGCGUAAGACACUUACUCCCGGAUGCAACUGCCCUGAUUGAGAAACUGAAAAAUCAACCUUGGCUGAAAACCCAGAUAGGAUUCAGGUGUCCUGCAUCAACUAUCUUUCCUAGUCCUAAUCUGGGUGUUCUACUAAGCAUUGUUGAGGUCCCUAUUUUAGAUCAAGUGUAUUAUGGAAAAUUGAUACAAUCUUAUACCAAUGAGCUGAAAGCAGUAGGUGUUAGUUUGGAUUUCAAUGGAACAUUGAAGAUAAUAGCCAAUGAAAUACAUCAAGUUUCAUCAUCGUUCAAGAUGUUACCUGUAAAUGUAAUAACAUUGUUGCAAGGUGUCAGGGGUAUAGUGAACACCAUGCCUGAUCAUUUGGAUCAGAUUCGUGAGGUUUUGUCAGGUGAAGUUCUUUUCAAGACUUACUGUGGUUACCGGAGGCCUAGUGAAUCCAUUCUUUCUACUCAAUCUUGGGCAUCUAUUUCACUGUUUAUAGAUCUUCCAACAAUUGAUGAUUCCUACUAUGGUGUUGACAUCUAUGGCUACCAAGAUGAGCUAGAGGUUCUAGGGGUUGUAAUUGGGUUUGAAGAAGGAGCCCAUUUUGUUGCUCAAGGUUUGACAAAACCAAUAAAGGCAGACCAAAUCAGGGCUGAAGGUGCUUUAACUUUGCUAAGAACCAUCAGAAUUUUAUUGUCUCAAAUUUGUAAAGAGAAAAUUUCACUUGCUCCUUUUUUUGAGAAUCUUAUGGCCAGCGAGUUUUUGAAGACUAGUCAAGGAAACAGAACUCCUAAGCAAUGCGUAUUACUUCAGCCUCAAUGGAAACAUAUUCUUGAGUUUACAGAUUUGCCAUUUCUCGAUGAAAUUUACUAUGGCAACCGAAUAUCUGAAUAUGAGGAUGAGCUGCAAAGUAUUGGAGUAAAAGUUUCUGCAGUAGAGGUUUGUCCACUUCUUUUGGAAUCUCUGUACUCACUCGUGGUGUCAUCAUCUGUAAAGAGAUAUUACAAAUUUUUAAACGAGUAUUCCACGGAUAUAAUAAUUCCUGAUGAAGCCGACAAUCCUCAAGUGUGGAUACCUGACCAAAAUGAUUCUGACAAAGGCCAAUGGGUAAGUUCAAAGGUCUGCAUAGUUCAUGAUAGGGAAAAGCUUUUCCAAACACUCUUUCAUAUCCUAGAUACUCAUUAUGAUAUGGAAUUGCUCCCUUUAUUUCCUCGAGCAUUUGUUGUAUCUGAAGUUCCUCGAUUAGAUCAUUAUAUGAAGUUAUGGCGUAGCUGGCUCAAGAGAGAGAAUCGAAAACUAACUUCCAGAGAAUGCCACACUUUCUGGAGCUACAUUCUUGACAAGUGGACGUCAGAGACUGAGAACGUUGUAAAGAAAAAUCUGACUGAAUUGCCUGCUGUAUUGCCAGGUUUAGGAAUACGACUUUUAGGAAAGGAACAAGUAUUUUUCCCAGAUGAUUUGCUUCUUAAAAGAAUGUUCACAAGCCUUGAUAAUUGCCCUCCAUUUGUCUGGUUCCCGAGAGGUAGCAUCUCUUCGUCUAUUAUUCCUGCAAAACUUGAGCUCGCGUAUGAUUCUCUUGGGGUUAAACGGCUCUCUGAAUCUGUCAAGCUUCAAGUCAAAACUUAUUCUGUGUUAUCUCAAGGAAACUGUACUGACAUGAAAAAGAAACUCAUUCCUAGGGGUCUUAUAAAGAUAGUGCUUGCUUACCUUUCUGGCCCAAAGGUUAAUUUGGGUGUGCAAUUGAGGCAUGAAGCUGUUAUGUCGAUGCUAAACUUGUCAGUAUAUGAGAGUAAUGGACCGAUCCUAGUCAGCUAUAUUUUGCGUCCGCCUGGUUGUAAAUCACUUGAAGUGGAUUCUCGAAAAGUUGUUCAUUGGGAUAAGGAAUCACGCACGCUGCUCAUUGAUAAAUAUUGUUAUAAAAAUCGGAAGUUGAGUAUGGAAUUCGGGUGUUGUUUUUCACAAGAAAUUGCAGAAGGCCUUCUGGGUGAGGAAAGAUCUGUGGCUGUGAAUGAACUACGGAUGAUAAUUCAGCUGGGUUUCGAUUAUGAGUUUGAGCAAGAGUCAGUUGACUUUCUUCUUACAAGAGAGAACUUGGAACUGUUGCUGGAAGAUGAAAAGUUUAUUAAUGGAGUUUUUGCUUCUGAUGAGCUGUUUGAAGUGGAUCGAACCUGCAAACGUAUUUGUCCAUCCACUCCGGUGCCUUCCAAAAAGAAACCAAGACAGUAAUUGGAGUUGAUGAAGUUUUGGUUUAUUCUUGUAAAUAGCUUUGCUCAAUGGUUGAUGUUCAUCUUCAGCUGCGUCCGAAAUUGGCAAGUACUACUGCACUAGUAGGGGCAAUAUUUUGAUGUAUUAAAGGUUGGCUUCAUGUGUAAUGUGUAGUAAACUACCCUGCUAUUUUUGCUGUGCUCACAAGUCACAUAUUAAGCGUAGUGUUGGAAUUAUGUAGUUCAAUCAAGGUGUUUUACUCCUAAAUUACACGCAAGCAAAAUUGUUGCACUUAUUAAGGAACGAAGAAACUAACUAAAAAGAUGGAGGAAAUAAUGAAAUAGGAUAGUAAUAUAUACUCAGUAUCGCAUCAUAAAAGUGGUAUUAUAUGCAUUACAUUUCAAAAACAUGUACUGAUGGACAACAUUUCAAAAACAUGUACUGAUGGACAACAUCCCAAAGCUGUAACAGAUUGAAAGACCCCCUUGUUGAAAGUUGUAUCAAACAACAAUGUGAAAGAGAGUAUUCAUUAUUGUCAGAUCUCAUCCACAACGGUCGUAGUUUUGCCGGAUUAGAAUUUCGUUUGACCCAAGUUGUUUUGUGUUUGUUAGUUCUGAUUUCUAUUGUAAAUGUCGCAUGACAAUUUUAUUAAUAAACUAAUUUUACCCUAAAAAAUAAUAAUUUGUGAAUAGUUGAAUUAAAUCCUUAAUGGAGGAUUAAUAUAAUUGGGUUUACUAAUUAUGCAAAGAAGAAUUAGAGGAAGAAAAUAAAUGAAGCAAUUUGCUUCUUUUGCACUGUGCGCACACAGAGCUUGAUGGCGUGCGCACGCACGGAUUUCACAGUAGCUAUUGGAAGGUUUUAGGCAUUUUGUGCGCACGCACACAAAUGGGCUGUACAUGUGCACAUAAGAGUUGUGUGCGCGCACAAGAAGGGUUGUGCGCACGCACAGAUUUCAACGGAGAUACUGCAAAUUUUUGGGCAUUUUGUGCGCAGGCACAGAAUGAGUCUUGCGCGCGCACAAGUGAGCGGGAUCUCUUCUCCUCUUUUGUUUUGGGCUACGUGGACUUUUCUACUACAUUAAUCUAGUUUCUUCUUUGGUACUAUAUAUACCAACUAAACCUAUUUAUGAUCUGUGUGGUGGGUUUAUAGUGAGAAAAACACAUAAACACAAGAGAGUUAGAGACAGAAAGUAUACUCAUUCUCACACCAUUUCUACUUGUAAUACCUCCCCAUAGUUUGAAGUGACUAAUACAAGCAUUAUUGAUUCAAAAUGAGUGCAUUAUCUAGAGCAAGGUUGUGUUUGGAUUUGUUUUAGUGGUUUCUUGAUUGAAGAUUAUGUCAACUAUGAAGUUAGACAGAGAGAAGUUUGACGGGCCAAUUUACUUUGGCCUUUGGCAAUUAAAAAUGAGGGCUUUAUUGAUUCAAAAUCGAGUUCACAAAGCCCUUGAAGGAAGGCAAAGGAACCCGAAUACAUGACAGAUGAUAAAUGGGAAGAGAUUGAUCUCAAAACUUUAUCGGCUAUGCAACUAUGCCUCUCAAAUUAGGUCUUGCUGGAAGUUGUAAAGGAGGUGACGAUACAAGGUCUAUGGUUGAUAUUGAAGCAAUUGUAUAUGACAAAUUAAGAGUGUCACAAACCGACUCUUACUCAAAAGUAGGCUUCAUGAUUUGUGUGAUUAGUUUAUAGUGAGAGAAACACAUAAACACAAGAGAGUUAGAGAGAGAAAGUAGAUCUACACUCAUUCUCACACCAUUUCUACUUGUAAUACCUCAUAUAUCAUAGUUUGAAGUGAUUAAUACAAGCAUUAAUCCCCCCAAAGUGGAUAUAUAUA